GUGACCUUCAAUGAUGUGCAUGUGAAAUUCAGCCAAGAAGAGUGGGCCUUGCUGGAACCUUCCCAGAAGCAACUCUACAAAGAUGUGAUGCUAGAGACCUGUGAAAACCUCACUGCUAUAGGCUACAAUUGGGAUGACCAUAAUAUUGAAGAACAUUUUCAAAGUUCUACAAGUAAUAAAAGAACACACACUGGAGAGAAGCCUUACAAAUGUAAUCAAUGUGGUAAAGCCUUUGCAAAAAACAGUCAUCUCAUGAGCCAUAAAAGAACACACACUGGAGAGAAACCUUAUGAAUGUAAUGAGUGUGGCAAAGCCUUUGCACAAAACAGUACUCUCUUAAGCCAUAAAAGAACACACACUGGAGAGAAACCUUAUGAAUGUAACCAGUGUGGUAAAGCCUUUGCACAAAACAGUCAUCUCAUAAGCCAUAAAAGAACACACACUGGAGAGAAACCUUAUGAAUGUAAUGAGUGUGGUAAAGCCUUUGCAAAAAACAGUCAUCUCAUGAGCCAUAAAAGAACACACACUGGAGAGAAACCUUAUGAAUGUAAUGAGUGUGGCAAAGCCUUUGCAGAAAACAGUACUCUCUUAAGCCAUAAAAGAACACACACUGGAGAGAAACCUUAUGAAUGUAACCAGUGUGGUAAAGCCUUUGCAGAAAACAGUCAUCUCAUAAGACAUAAAAGAACACACACUGGAGAGAAACCUUAUGAAUGUAAUGAGUGUGGCAAAGCCUUUGCAGAAAACAGUACUCUCUUAAGCCAUAAAAGAACACACACUGGAGAGAAACCUUAUGAAUGUAAUGAGUGUGGCAAAGCCUUUGCAGAAAACAGUACUCUCUUAAGCCAUAAAAGAACACACACUGGAGAGAAACCUUAUGAAUGUAACCAGUGUGGUAAAGCCUUUGCAGAAAACAGUCAUCUCAUAAGACAUAAAAGAACACAUACUGGAAAG